AUGACGGAUGGAGUGACUUACACGUUCGGGAUCUUCUACGUGGAGUUCCUCAACUUCUACCAAGACGGGAAGGGGGCGACGUCAUGGAUCGCCUCCAUACUCGUCGGGGUCACUCUCGGUUCUGGUCCGAUCGCAAGCAGCCUGACGAACAAGUACGGGUGCCGGCUGGUGUGCAUGGGAGGGGCCGUCCUCGCCUUCGCCAGCCUGGCCGUGAGCGUCCUCGCGCCCAACGUGGCCACGCUCUAUCUCACCAUCGGGGUGGGGGCAGCAAACCGAAGCUUCAAACAUCUUGCAAAUAAAUAG